AUGAACAGAUCCCUCCCAAUCUACCUCCUACGGCCCACUUUUGACCAGUUCACAGCUACAAUUUCUGCAUCCCACUUCCGAAAGAUGUUUCGCAUGACCCAGAGUAUGUUUGCCACACUAUGUGCAACGAUUUGCAAUGAAAUUGGACCAGAAGUGUUUCGUUCCGAGUCAUUUCUUUCUCAGCGUCGCGAACGAAUUUAUGGGAGUCAGGAGCCAAGAGAACAAGCAGUUGCUCCUGUUUCAGGGGAAAUACGAGUUGCAAUUGGUCUGAGGAUGCUUGCAGGUGGAUCAUAUCUGGACUUGGUACCGCUAUUCAGGGUCUCUUCCUCCCAACUCUAUGAUGUUUUCGAUACUUUUUUGGUUUGGAUUUUGGCCACCUUCAAGUUUCCGUUGCCACAAUAUUUCGCAGAGAACAAUUGGCCAGCCAUUGAGCGCCUUGCUUUUCCUUUUGCCGAAAAAACAAAUGGGAUAUUCUACGGAGUAUUCGCAGCGCUCGACGGUCUGGCUGUGAGAAUCAAGGGACCUAGAAUAGACGAGGUUCCAGAUCCUGGGAACUACUACUGCCGAAAGGGCUUCUUCGCUCUAAAUGUCCAAGCUAUGUGUGAUAAGGCCAAGUAUUUUCUGUGGUGCUUUCCUGCUAAUAAGGGAUCCACCCACGACUCUACUGCCUUCGCAAAUUCUACCCUGUUUGACAUCUUGCGUUCUAAAGCAGAGGAGCUUCGGAAAAGAGACCUAUUUGUGGCUGGCGACUCGGCCUACGGCUUAACGUCAUUUUUGAUGACACCUUAUGACAAAGAAGAGAUGAAACAUGAUGAUCUUGAUAUGAAGGAUGCUUUCAACUUUUAUCUAUCGUCAUGUCGGAUCUACAUCGAAUGUGCCUUUGGAGAGUUGGUGAUGAGGUGGGGGAUUCUAUGGAGGACCCUUCACUUUCGCCUCAAAAAGUGCAUGGAGAUUAUCAGAGUGUGUAUGCUUCUGCACAACUUUAUACUAGAUCAUCAGGAAGAGUCCGAGCGGUAUAACAUGUCCGAAGUUCAGAAUUUCGACAUUGAAAUGGACCAACUGCAGCAAAACAUCACACAAGCAACAGGAGAAAUACCUCUGCCCACAGUCAGUGACAACAAUGAGCCAAAACCCUCUGGCCGGCGAACAAAGGAGGAGGUGAAUGAAAAAGCACUCGGCGAGAAUAUUCGUUUCAACUUGGCUUACAAGCUGGCGUCUGCUGGUUUGAGUCGGCCAAUGGUAACUGGCAUGCAUACCAACAAGCAUGGUCACGUCUAUAUGACGGAGUAG